AUAAAGGAAGUCCGUGGGGCUGUCCGAUGUGAUGCCUGAAUGAAAAGAGAAGAGCGACGCCUUCGCCAGGGAAGCAGAUUUGCGACGACGAAUUUCGACGGCAACCUUCUGUUUUCUCAUCUACUUAUUUAAAUCUAAGAGUCCUUAUAUAGCAUGGACUCCCGCAAAGUGACAGAGUUGAAGGGCUUCGUGCAAUUGUGCGAGUCCAAUCCCGCCAUCCUGCACCUCCCUGAGAUGGGCUUCUUCCGCACCUGGUUGCACAGCAUGGGUGCAAAGAUCCCUUCCCCAUCUCCCCCCAAGGAGUCAUGCCAGGGUGGGUGUCCCUGUGGUCCUCCCCCGAGAUCUUCAGCUCCCCCACCUGAGCCUGAGCCUCCUGCACCAUCUGAAAGUGAAGAGAGUGAAUUAGAAAAAGACCUGGAGGGUGUCAUUGAGCCAGACACUGAUGAACCACAGGAAAUGGGAGAGUUUGAAAAUGUUGAGGUGUCAGAGGAGAUGAUGGACUUGGCCAAUGACAAGAAGAUUGAAGCCAUUAAUGCUCUGGGAGACGGAGAUCUGCAGAAAGCUCUGGAUCUUUUCACUGAAGCCAUCAAGAUGAAUCCCUGCGUGGCCAUCAUGUACGCUAAGAGAGCAAGCGUUUACGUUCAGAUGCAGAAACCCAACGCAGCCAUCAGAGACUGCGACAGAGCCAUCAAGAUUAACCCGGACUCAGCGCAGCCUUACAAGUGGAGGGGUAAAGCUCACAGGCUGCUGGGACACUGGGAGGAGGCAUCCGGGGAUCUAGCUACAGCCUGCAAACUGGAUUAUGAUGAGGAUGUCAGUGCACUGCUCAAGGAGGUGCAGCCCAAGGCCAACAGAAUCAUGGAGCACAGGCGCAAAUAUGAACGCAAGAGGGAGGAGAAGGAGAUCCGGGAGAAGCAGGAGCGAGUCAAGAAGGCCAGGGAGGAGCACGCUCGCGCUCACAAGGAAGAAGAAGCCCGAGGAGGAGGAGGAGGAGGAGGAGGAGGAGGAGGAGGAUUCUUCCCAGGUGCAGGUGGUGGGUUCCCAGGUGGGUUCCCAGGUGGAGGUGCUGGCAUGCCUGGUCUGAAUGACUUGUUGCAGGAUCCUGAGCUUCUCAGCGCCAUGCAGGACCCGGAGGUGAUGGUGGCCUUCCAGGACGUGGCACAGAACCCGGCCAACAUCGCCAAGUACCACAACAACCCCAAGAUCAUGGCGCUCAUCACCAAGCUCAACUCUAAGUUUGGAGGAGCUGCACCUCAGCCUCAGUCCUAACAUGUUGGAGGAGGAAGUAGUCUUCUUCUUCUUCUUCUUCUCUUAAACAUUGAAUCUUCAUCAAGUUGAGCUGCACCUCAGCCUCAGUCCUAACAUGUUGGAGGAGGAAGUAGUCUUCUUCUUCUUCUUCUCUUAAACAUUGAAUCUUCAUCAAGUUGAGCUGCACCUCAGCCUCAGUCCUAACAUGUUGGAGGAGGAAGUAGUCUUCUUCUUCUUCUUCUUCUUCUUCUUCUUCUCUUAAACAUUGAAUCUUCAUCAAGUUGAGCUGCACCUCAGCCUCAGUCCUAACAUGUUGGAGGAGGAAGUAGUCUUCUUCUUCUUCUUCUCUUAAACAUUGAAUCUUCAUCAAGUUGAGCUGCACCUCAGCCUCAGUCCUAACAUGUUGGAGGAGGAAGUAGUCUUCUUCUUCUUCUUCUCCUCUUAAACAUUGAAUCUUCAUA